AUGGCGGCAGCUUAUCAUCACGCCGCCGCGCGCGGCCUUGCCCUGGCCCUCGUGGCGGCGGGGGUCCUGGCGUGGCAGUGCGCGGCGCAGCAGACGCCGUCCGGUCCGGGCUGCAUGCCGGAGCUCGUCAGCCUGAACCCGUGCAUGGACUACAUGUCCGGCAACGAGACGGCGCCCGACGGGCCCUGCUGCUCGGCCGUGUCGGGCAUGCUGCGGUCCAGCCCGGGCUGCCUCUGCAUGGUGGUCGGCGGCACGGCCGCGUCGCUCGGCGUCGCUGUCGACGGCGACCGCGCGCUGCAGCUGCCCGCGGCGUGCAAGGUCCAGGCCCCACCUGCCAGCCAGUGCAACGCCGUGGGAGUUCCACUGCCGUCUCCGGCGCCGGGGACGACCACACCCGGGGUUCCAGCCGCGGAGGCGCCGUCUAACGCCAACGUCACCCCUGCAGGGUCUGGGUCGAAGGCUACACCAGCAUCCACCCUUCCAUACUCUGACGGAAACGAUAGCAAACCAGGAACGUUCUUCGUCUUCGCCGCCGCUGCACUGGCGCUGCUCCAUCGUUUCUAA